AUGUCCCCAACACCCGUCACCUCCAUGUCCCCAACACCCGUCACCUCCAUGUCCCCAAACCCCGUCACCUCCAUGUCCCCAACACCCGUCACCUCCAUGUCCCCAACACCCAUCAUCUCCAUGUCCCCAAACCCCGUCACCUCCAUGUCCCCAAACUCCGUCACCUCCAUGUCCCCAAACCCGUCAUCUCCAUGUCCCCAAACCCCGUCACCUCCAUGUCCCCAAACCCGUCACCUCCAUGUCCCCAUCACCUGUCACCUCCAUGUCCCCAACACCCGUCAUCUCCAUGUCCCCAACACCCGUCAUCUCCAUGUCCCCAAACCCGUCACCUCCAUGUCCCCAAACUCUGUCACCUCCAUGUCCCCAACACCCGUCAUCUCCAUGUCCCCAAACCCGUCACCUCCAUGUCCCCAAACCCGUCACCUCCAUGUCCCCAAACUCUGUCACCUCCAUGUCCCCAACACCCGUCACCUCCAUGUCCCCAAACCCGUCACCUCCAUGUCCCCAAACCCGUCACCUCCAUGUCCCCAAACUCUGUCACCUCCAUGUCCCCAACACCCGUCAUCUCCAUGUCCCCAAACCCGUCACCUCCAUGUCCCCAAACCCCGUCACCUCCAUGUCCCCAAACUCUGUCACCUCCAUGUCCCCAAAUCCCGUCAUCUCCAUGUCCCCAAACCCCGUCACCUCCAUGUCCCCAAACUCCGUCAUCUCCAUGUCCCCAACACCCGUCACCUCCAUGUCCCCAACACCCGUCACCUCCAUGUCCCCAAACCCGUCACCUCCAUGUCCCCAAACCCCGUCACCUCCAUGUCCCCAAACUCUGUCACCUCCAUGUCCCCAAAUCCCGUCAUCUCCAUGUCCCCAAACUCUGUCACCUCCAUGUCCCCAAACCCCGUCAUCUCCAUGUCCCCUAACCCCGUCACCUCCAUGUCCCCAACACCCAUCACCUCCGUGUCCCCAACACCCGUCACCUCCAUGUCCCCAACACCCGUCAUCUCCAUGUCCCCAAACUCUGUCACCUCCAUGUCCCCAAACUCCAACCACUAA